AUGAGCGUUGAGAUAUCGAAUUACGUUCAGUUUCGCGUCACUCUUACUCCUCCACGUGGAGGACUGUUCUCACCUCUGGGCGUGGUGAGCUCUCUGGUACCAGCUCCUUCCAAUAGACUCCCAGUAGUUAAGAACAAAGUGAGCAAGCGCGAGGAAAAAGACCUGGAAAAAGGGCAAGGUGAUCAUAUUAUCGCAGCCCGGGAGUCCUUCCCGAUAUAUCCGAAUCUACGAGUCGAAACUGUUCGAGUGGCUGUUGCUGCAGAGAAUCCAAUCAUACCUGUAGCCAAGGCCCGAACAGUUUGGUUUCCGCGGCGAACACAGCACCACGCUGCAGCUGAUGAAAGUGCUCUUAACUGCAGCCUUGGCCUCAACAAAAAGGAGGGCGAAGGCCUUUGA